GCGGACCCCGCGCGGCCCUUCAUGGUGUCCCUCAUCCAUCAACAAUGAAGUGACUUCAGUCUCUGCACAGAGCAUAGUCUCCAGAAGAGCUAAAAGCUUUAGAAUACCUGUUUCCUUUCAUUGUAUUGCCCUUUCCCGUUUGUGGGAGAAGAGCCAUGAAGAACCGUUCCUCAUCUCCCCCUUUGCACGUCCAUGUGGAUGAAAACACCCCUGUCCAUGUCCAUAUUAAAAAGGGUCAGAAAACCACACCUGCAAAAUGCCAGAGGAGUCUUCCUUCCCUGCCACCCCAAUCUCCCACCCCUGGCCUGCUGGCAAAAGCACAAACAGAAAAUGAAAGGAGAUACCAUGAACGUGUGCCGAAAUGUCCGGGUGAAAACUAAGGCCCCCUGGAUGCCUCCAGGCAAAACAUCUGUCUGGGAGUCCACCUGCAAAUGGGAGGGACCAACUCACCGCCUAGAAAUUACACCUCCAGAUUCAGAAAGAAUGCUGUCAGCAUUACGCCUGAGUGACCUCUCUACAGACGAGGAGGAUGCUAUUUACUGCAAAAUGAAUGAAUAUGAAAAGAAGAUAGAUAGCCUGAUGAAUGUGGUGGGAACGCUGAAGAAUGAGGCCAAGCUGCAGAAAAAGGAGGAACAGCAGCAAAUGACAAAGCGUCUCCUUGAGGAGCAGAAAGAAGAACUGAAUGAGGUCACACAAGAGCUGGUAGAAACAGAACAUGAGAAUACACUGCUCAGGCGCAAUAUUGAGCGCAUAAAGGAAGAGAAAGAUCUAACUGUGCUACAGAAAAAGUACUUGCAGCAUGAGAAAGAGUGUUUGAUGUCCAAGCUGAGUGAAGCAGAAAGGGAUGGAGCAGCAGCAGCCAGGCAGAUCCAUGCCCUGAAAAAUACAAUUGGGAGACUCAACAUUGAGAAACACAUGAGCAGCUCAGACAUUAACACACUGACAAGACAAAAAGAGCUUCUCCUCCAGAAACUGAGCACCUUCGAAGAAACCAACCGGACACUGCGAGAACUUCUGAGAGAGCAGCACAACCGUGAGAAGGAUGCUCAGAAGAUACUGGAGCGGCAAGGAGCACUGCUGAAAAGACUGGCUGACUCAGAUGCAGAGAAAAUGCAACUUCAGAUGAGGCUUCAGGAGAAAGAAGAAGAAGUGGACAAUCUUACUAUUCAGAUACAGGCAGAAAAGGACCAAGCAAAGACAGCAUGCGAACUCUCCAAAUCUAUGGAGAGUGUGAGAGGCCAUUUGCAAGCGCAAUUGCGAAACAAAGAAGCUGAGAACAACCGUCUGACUAUACAGAUACGGAAUCUGGAGCGCAGUGAAGCUCAGCAUAAGGCAGAGGUGGAACAUAUCAUGGAACAACUGAAAGAACUAAGGCAGAAGGCGGACCGUGAUAAAGAGGCCCUGAAGAAAGCCAUCCGUGCACAAAAAGAGCGGGCAGAGCGGAGUGAAGAGUAUGCAGAGCAAUUGGCUGUCCAGCUAGCAGAAAAGGACAGUUAUGUUGCUGAGGCACUGUCUACUCUGGAGUCCUGGAGGAGUCGCUACAACAAAGUAGUAAAGGACAAGAGUGACCUUGAACUGGAAAUUGUUACGCUGAACAGCCGUGUUGCAGACUUGCUGGAACAGCAGACAACCCUGGAGGACAAGAUGCGGGAAGACAGAGAUGCUUUGGUGGAUAAAUUGCAUGAACAGACUACAGAGACCACUUCUUUCAAAAUGGAGAAUGAAAGGCUAAAGGCUAGCGUGGUCCCAAUGGAGGAAAAGCUGAACCAAACGCAGAUGGAAGUGCAGCAGCUCAGGAUCUCUGUCAGGAACUAUGAAGGGUUGAUUGAAACCUACAAGUCACAGGUGUUGAAGACCCGAAUGGAAGCAGAUGAUGUGGCAGCAAAACUGGAGAGGUGUGAUAAAGAGAACAAGGCACUAAAGGAUGAAAUGAACAAGGAGAUUGAACUGGCGCGUAAGCAGUUCCAGAGCCAGCUUGCUGAACUGGAAAAGCUGCCCGAGAUCCUAAAGAUCACAGAGACACAACUAGCAGAAUGUCAGGACCAGCUUCAGAGUUAUGAGAAGAAGAACGUGGACCUGUCUGUCAUAAUUGCAGAUCUUCGUCAGAGGAUUGAGCUCCAGGGUGACAAAAUGGAGAUGACAAGAGAGAGAUAUCAAUCUGCCCAGGAGGAGAAAAAGCAGCUCACCUUGAAGGUGGAGGAGCUAGAAAGAAAACUAGAGACAACAAGUGCGCAGAACAUAGAAUUCCUUCAGGUCAUAGCAAAACGUGAGGAGUCGAUCCACCAGUGUCAGCUGCGGUUAGAGGAGAAGACCCGUGAAUGUAGCUCCUUGGCACGUCAGCUGGAGAUGGCCAUUGAGGAUGCCAAAAGACAAGUGGAACAAACUCGAGAACGAGCAACCUCUAGAGAGAAGGCAGCCCAGUCCAAGAUCUUGGAUUUGGAGACCCAGCUGAGUAGGAAUAAAACAGAGCUGAACCAAUUGCGUCGGAGCAAAGAUGAUGCAGAGCGCCGGUAUGAAAGUCGCCUACAGGAUUUAAAGGAUCGGUUAGAGCAGUCGGAGAGCACCAACCGCAGCAUGCAAAACUAUGUUCAGUUCCUCAAGUCUUCCUAUGCCAACGUUUUUGGAGAAAGUGCCUUGCUGGGCUCCCCCAGCCGUUCUCGUUCUUCUCCAUGAGGACAGUGCUGUCCUUACACCUCUGCUUUUAAGCACAAAAGGAGACCUAUUUCAAAGCCAUAUGUUAUUUAGAAAAUAGGUUGGCAUUUCAGGGUCAUUGACAGGAGAUGUUUUCCUCUUUUCCUUUCAGCAUGAGAUGAUAAAAUGAUGGUGGCUUAUGUCCUAAGUGUAGGGUAUCAGCAAUACAGGUUUGGUGUUGGAGGUUGGCAUUACACCAUAAACUGUGCCCCAAAACCAUAUGGAUUUGCAUAUGAUGGAAAAGGUCCUUUUCAUCCUCCAACAUCCUAAUGUUUUCAGCUCUUAAAACCUGUCAGUAGUUUGUUGAGCAUGUUAAUGUUUAUAAGAGCUCUUUUCCUUUUCAUGCUUCCUUUUUCAUUCUGUUUCUGUGUUGGGGAGAUCAUGUGCGGGUUUUUGUUUGUGUUUUUUUUUUCAUAUCUUUUUAAAACUAUUAAACAUUGUAUUAAUACAUUUGAUGUUAGGAUGGUGGGAGAGGGUCCACCCACCAGAAGUGUGAAGCUGAAAAUAAUUUAAGUGCCUGGGCUCCACACCUACAAGAUAUCGCCUAAAAAACCACAGUGUUCGUAAACAGUUUUAUACCAGAAAUCAUGAUUUUGUGUUUUGGUUUUUUUUGGUUUUUUUUUUUUUAACUUGAUUCUUGUAUAUUCCCUGAUCCUCACUUUUUUUUUUCUGAGUGUGAUGCUAAUGUUGCUUUACUCUUCUCACCAUGAUUUCCUAAUCCUGAAUAUCUCCAGGACUGAGCCAAAACCACCUGAAAUCAAAGGAAAGAUUGUGGUUUAACCUCAGUGGCACUUCAGUUAGAGUCUAUGUGAAUGCCACGUGCAUUCAGGGUGUGCAUGAAAUACUGACUUGAUCUUAAGCCAGUUAAAGAGCAGCUAUGGUUACUCAACUUCUUCCUCAGACUAGCCUGCACCUUCUCCUGGAAAAUCAGGUUUUCAAAGCGUUGAGUCCCUAAAACUCAUGUGGUCUCUAGUGCCCUAUUCCUUCCAGUAAAUGGUUCUUAGGGGGGCAAAAAUAAACAUUGUUUUUAUUUUUAUCUCUUUUGUAUCUUAUUUAUGUGCGAAGUGGUCACUGGGCAGUAUUUGUCAUAAAUGUUUUCUAAUUUAAUCAUUUUUUGAGAGUUUUGUAAUUGUGUGUGUGUAACACUGUAAAAAUCCUACAGGUGCUAUGGUAAAACAAACAAUAAACUACAUUUUAAUUGGU